AUGGCCUCUGUUCAAGUUGUCAACGCUACUCUCCCUACCCUGCCUCAGGGCUGGGCUGGUGAGAAGGACUUUAAGAUUGUUGGUGCCCUCUCUGGUGCCACUCAGCGCAACGUGGAGCCUGUUGGCCCGCACUUCCUGGCUCACGCCCGCAGAAAGCGCAACAACCGCACUUUCUCCGAGGAUGAGCGUAUCCAGGCCCAGCACAACGUUAAGAAGACUGAGGUCGAGGAGGAUGAUGACAUCUCCGAGGAUGAGGAUCCCAUGAUGCUCGCCCGUGAGGCCAAGGACUGGAAGGGCCAAGAUCACUACGCCGUUCUCGGUCUAUCCAAGCACCGUUACCGUGCUACCCCCGAUCAGAUCAAGCGGGCCCACCGCAAGAAGGUUCUGCGUCACCACCCCGACAAGAAGGCUGCCAUGGGCAAGAGCGAUGAGAACGACAGCUUCUUCAAGUGUAUCCAGAAGGCCACCGAUCUGCUUCUGGACCCCACCCGCCGUCGCCAGUUCGACUCCGUCGAUGAGGCCGCUGAGGUUGAGCCUCCUACCAAGAAGCUGACCGGCAGCAAGUUCUACAAGGCCUGGGGCCCCGUCUUCGAGGCCGAGGGUCGUUUCUCCAACAAGCAGCCCGUGCCCCAGCUCGGUGACGAAAACAGCACCCAGGAGCACGUCGAGACCUUCUACAACUUCUGGUACAACCUCGACAGCUGGAGGACCUUCGAGUACCUCGAUGAGGAUGUGCCCGAUGAUGGAGAGAGCCGUGACCAGAAGCGUCAUGUUGAGAAGAAGAACGCCAACGCCCGCCGCAAGCGUAAGACUGAGGACACCGUCCGUCUGCGUGAGUUGGUUGACGAGUGUCUCGCUUCCGAUGAGCGUAUUAAGAAGUUCAAACAGCAGGCUCGUGCCGGCAAGGACGCUAAGCGUCUUGCCAAGGAGGCUGAGAUCAAGCGCCUGAAGGAGGAGAAGGAGAAGGCCAAGGCCGACGAGGAGCAGCGCAAGAAGGACGCCGAGGAGGCUGCCAAGGCUGACCGUGAGAAGAACAAGAAAGCCAAGGAGGCCGCCAAGAACGCUUCCAAGAAGAACAAGCGUAUCCUCAAGAGCUCCGUCAAGGACGUUAACUACUUCGCCGCCUCCGGUGAGCCCACUGCCGCUCAGGUCGACGGUGUCCUUACCGAUGUCGACCUCAUCAUGGCCAAGAUUGACGUUGAUGAGCUCGCUGUUCUCGCCGAGAAGCUCACCAUCGCUGGCAAGGACGGUGCUGCCGUCAAGUCUGCCUGGGCUGGUGAGGCCAAGCGCCUUGUUGACGCUGGCAAGCUGAAGGACGGCGAGGCCAAGGCCUUUGCUUAA